GUCCUCAACGCGCGUCGCCGAGUCGCACAUGCGGCUACAAAGGCAACCGAUUUCCGCGCCCCAAGUCAAGUGGCGGGCCGGGCCCCUGCGCUAGCCCCAGUCGUGGCUCAGGGGCGAACAUGCGCCUUCGUGCUGUUGUACCUACUUGAUCCCCCCUGCACGGUGCAACUUAUCGUGAUCGGCAGACGGCUCAUCGACUCUUAGACGAGCACCACAUCUCGCCCACGAAAUCACCAUCAUCAAGUCAUCCGGCCGCAGCACCACCGACGCGAUGCAACACGACAAGCGACCUAGCAGAUGACCUGCUUGAUUGGAUGUUGGCUUGCAUUCACGGGCUCAUGAUGAUGGAAGGGGAAGUGGGCGGCGGCCGCAUGCCACGGCGACGAUAAAAUGCGAUCGAUCGAGCGAGCUUCUCCCUCGCGGCCCCUUUGGCAUGCGCGAGGACGAAGCGGCGCCUGGCAUUCCCGACCUCCCUUGGCACGUCUGGAAGUAGCAACGUUAGUAGUAGCCUGCUCUUUUCUCGCCUCGCGUUUCUGAAGCUGCGUCUUCUCUUGCAGCCAAACGUCCCCAUCCCCCUCAUGCAAUGACGCCGCUCUGCAGAGCCAAGGCCAUGGGCUGGCUCCCGGCGCUGCUCGUCGCGACUCUCGCAUAUGCGCAGGGCCAGGCCCCCGGCGCGCCGCCGCCGCCGUCCGCGUUCGACCCUCUACAGUACGUCGACCAGCUCAUCGGCGCAAGCAAUGGCGGCAACGUCUUCCCUGGUGCGACUGUGCCCUACGGCGUAGCCAAGGCGGUCGCCGACACCGACAGCGGCAGCAACCAGGGCGGCUUCACGCUGGAUGGCGCGUCCGUCACCGGCUUCAGCGCCUUGCACGACUCGGGCACCGGCGGCGAGCCGUCUCUGGGGAACUUCCCCCUCUUUGCCUACAACGCGUGCGCUGACGACGAUGUCAACCGAUGCGCGUUCCCCAAGCGCACGAGGGCGCGGUUCGGCCGCUUUGCCAACGACACGGUCAAGGCGAGGCCGGGAUACUUUGCCAUAGCCCUCAACAACGGACCGCGCGUCGAGAUGACGGCGACUCAUCACACUGCUCUGUUCCGUUUCAACUUCUCCAAGAGCGAUCAGGGACAGAAGCCCCUGAUCCUGCAAGACCUGACCGACCUCUCCAACUCGCGACAGGACAAUGCUACGGUCCACGUCGACGGAGCGACCGGCCGCGUCACUGGCGACGGCGUGUUUGCGCCCAGCUUCGGUCAGGGCCGCUAUACAGCCUACUUUUGUACCGACUUCCACGGCUCGCAGAUCGCUGACAGCGGCAUCUUUGUCGACAGCCGCGCGAGUGCCGAUGUGAAAGAACUCAAGAUUUCCAAGGGCAUCAACGGCUAUCCUCUGCCAGGCGGUGCAUUUGUACGCUUCGUCAAUGCGGACAACCCUGUGCUGGCCCGCGUGGGACUGAGCUUCAUCAGCAAGGAGCAGGCAUGUUCCAAUGCCGAGAAAGAGAUACCCAAUUUCGACUUUGACAAGCACGCCAAAGACGCGUCCGACGCGUGGCGGGAGAAGCUGUCGCCGAUUGUCAUCGAUACCAAAGGCGUCAACGCCUCUUUCGCCACCAACUUCUACUCUGGCAUCUACCGGACCAUGGUGAACCCACAGAAUUAUACGGGAGAGAACCCCCUCUGGGGUGGCAGCGAGCCGUACUUUGACUCGUUCUACUGCAUUUGGGAUCUGUUCCGGUCUCAGUUCCCGUUCCUCACUCUUGUCGACCCCAACGCCGUCGAGCAAAUGGUCCGCUCGCUCAUCUCUACCUACGAACACGACGGCUGGCUGCCCGACUGUCGAAUGAGCUUCAACAGAGGAUACACACAGGGUGGAUCUAAUGCCGACAAUGUGCUUGCCGACGUCUUCAUCAAAGGCAUCAAGGGAGGCAUUGACUGGGACAAGGGGUACGAGGCGGUGAAAAAGGACGCCGAGGUCGAGCCGUACGACUGGUGCUGCCACGGUCGUGGCGGCAUCGACUCAUGGAAAGAACUCGGAUACAUCCCCGUGCAGGACUUUGACUUUCGCGGGUUUGGGACCAUGACGCGCAGCAUUAGCCGAACGUUGGAGUACGCAUACAAUGACUUUUGCAUUUCCCAGCUCGCGGGCGGUCUCGGGAAGAAGUCAGACCAGGAAAAGUACAUUGCUUCCAGUGGCAACUGGAAGAACCUGUAUCGGGCGGAUCAGCCUUCGGCAUUUCCCAAUGGCACCGAUACCGGGUUCACCGGUUUCUUCCAGCCCAAGUACCUGAAUCAGACAUGGGGCUAUCAGAAUCCGCUCAACUGCAGCAACAUCGACGACAAGAGCGUCUGCUCGCUCCAGAACAAUGGACCGGAGACCUUUGAGAGCAGUAUUUGGGAGUACGGCUUUUUCGUGCCGCACGCUCACGCUGAGCUUAUUAACCUGUAUGGUGGGCCCGAUGGUUUCGUACGGCGGUUGGACUACCUGCACGACCGUGGUAUUACCUACAUCGGCAACGAACCGGCCUUCCUGACCGUGUUCCAAUACCACUACGCUGGGCGCCCCGCGCUCUCCGCGCUGCGCAGCCACUUCUACAUCCCCAAGUUCUUUGCGCCGACGCCGCCCGGGCUGCCCGGCAACGAUGACAGCGGCGCCAUGGGAUCGUUUCUGGCCUUUAGUAUGAUGGGCUUGUUCCCCAAUCCUGGCCAGGACGUAUACUUGAUCAUACCGCCAUACUUUGAGAGCGUCAACAUUACGCAUCCUACCACCGGAAAGACGGCCAGGGUUCGCAACAUCAACUUUGAUCCGUCGUACAAGAACAUCUACAUCCAAUCGGCGACCUUGGACGGCAAGCGAUACGACAAGAACUGGAUUGACCACUCGUUCUUUACAGAGGGCAAGGAGCUCGUGCUCACGCUCGGAAGCAAGGAGAGCAAGUGGGGGACUACUGUCCGGGACAGGCCGCCCACUCUGGGACGGUACUCGGACACGAAUGGCACACGAUCAGCCAGAGAUGUUGGCGAUGCCGGCGGAUCGUUGGCCUACAGGAGUUUCUUUGGCCCUGGAAGUGCUAGGUAGCCGGUGGCCAUUGUAGCUCUCUUUGACCAAUAUUGCUCAUGCUUCCAUGCCUUCUCGCCAGUCUGAGUGUUGCCAGGCGCUUGGCGAAUGCAAUUGUUAGCCUGGCCUUGCGCGCGUAGUCUGAGAGCUGGGAGUCCUACCUGUCUGCUUCGUAUGUACGUAGCUUAGCCCCCCCCCCCCCCGCCGUCGCUUGAGACGCCAGCGCGGCAAACCAGCCGCCAUGCCCCGCAAUCGGUUGCUGGCACGACGGUUGCCAAGUUAGUGCUUGGCGGUGCAGGUUGGGGACAGGCAGGGACCAGGGAGCAGCAGGAGCACGAAGAACGGGGCGGUGGAACCUACCCCAAGGAUGGCAGGUUGGCCCGCUAAAACAUCAUGGGUGCCUGAGUGGAGGGAAUUGCGGAUCAUGCUUGAUCAGUUCAUCUCAUAUGAAGCUGUCAAGCGAAUGGGGACCAGACCGCGCAGAUGCUGCGAGGAUUUCCGUCAUAUUGACAGCAGGCGCGCAAAAGCAACCAUACCGCCGUCACAGGCCAUUCAGCGCGUUGGUUGUGCUGCUCAACUGGUAAGUAUUACGAGGUACGGG